CCAAAAUCGUGUAUCCGUCGCCGCUCCACAUUCCGUCGUGUUUUUCCCCGCUAUCCCGGUUCAAUAGAUCGCCGACUCGCGCGAUUCGCGUUCUCGUUUUUCCUGUUUUUCUUCACAGCAACAGAUAUUUGUGUAUAUACACGUGUUCGUACGCUAUGCGCAUAUAGAUUUUUACAACCGACCAGAAAUUAUGAAGUUAAUUAUUGUUGUUAUAUUCCUGUUCGCCCCUAGGGUUCAAGGAUACUCAUGGCCUAACGAGGAGACCACUACCAAGGCCAACAAAGAUUACCGUAAUGAUCCCUUGGUGGUGGAGACGACUAGUGGAUUGGUUAGAGGGUAUUCCAAGACGGUUAUGGGUAGGGAAAUACACGUUUUUACAGGAAUACCGUUCGCGAAGCCUCCUAUUGAACAACUAAGAUUCCGUAGACCGGUGCCAAUUGAUCCGUGGCACGGGAUCUUAAACGCGACCAAACUGCCAAAUUCGUGCUUUCAGGAGCGCUACGAGUAUUUCCCCGGGUUUGAAGGAGAGGAAAUGUGGAAUCCCAAUACGAACAUCUCCGAGGAUUGCCUUUACCUUAACCUAUGGGUGCCUCAGAGAUUGCGCAUCAGACACCACGGCGAUAAAACUCCCAUAGACAGACCGAAUGUGCCCGUGUUAAUUUGGAUCUAUGGGGGUGGGUAUAUGAGCGGCACAUCCACUUUGGAUAUUUAUGAUGCCGAUAUGAUUGCCGCUACUAGUGACGUGGUGGUUGCCUCAAUACAGUACCGCGUCGGCGCGUUUGGGUUCUUGUAUUUGAAUAAAUUCUUCUCUAGAGGCAGUGAGGAGGCACCUGGAAAUAUGGGAUUGUGGGACCAAGCUUUGGCAAUACGCUGGAUCAAGGAAAAUGUUGCUGCUUUUGGAGGUGAUCCAGACCUUAUCACUCUUUUUGGAGAAUCUGCUGGGGGUGGAUCGGUCAGCAUACUUCUUUUGAGUCCCAUUACUAAAGGUCUUGCUAAAAGGGGCAUUUUACAAUCGGGUACCAUCAACACUCCUUGGAGCUAUAUGUCUGGAGAGCAAGCGGAAGUUAUUGGUAAAACUUUAAUACAAGAUUGCGGAUGUAAUGCCACUUACUUGGAAAGCAAUCCGCAUGAUGUUUUGGAUUGUAUGAGGGCAGUCGAUGCUAAAACGAUUUCUUUGCAACAAUGGAAUUCUUAUUCGGGUAUAUUGGGGUUUCCAUCGAUGCCGACGAUAGAGGGCGUCUUUUUGCCUAAGCAUCCCAAGGACAUGUUGGCUGAAGGUGAUUAUGAGGAUAUGGAGAUUCUUCUUGGCAGUAAUAAAGAUGAAGGGACAUACUUUCUGCUCUACGAUUUUAUCGAUUUCUUUGAAAAGGAUGGCCCCAGUUUCUUACAAAGGGAGAAGUAUCACGACAUAAUCGAUACCAUAUUUAAAAACUUCAGUCGGCUAGAAAGAGACGCCAUCGUUUUUCAGUACACACAGUGGGAACACGUAAACGAUGGAUACUUAAAUCAGAAAAUGGUUGGAGACGUAGUUGGCGACUACUUUUUUGUUUGUCCCAUGAACGAAUUUGCCGAAAUGGCGGCAGAAAGAGGGAUGAAAGUGUAUUACUAUUAUUUUACACAUAGGACAAGUACAUCAUUGUGGGGCGAGUGGAUGGGCGUAAUGCACGGAGACGAGAUAGAAUACGUGUUCGGUCACCCCCUAAACAUGUCCCUGCAAUUUAACUCCCGGGAACGAGAACUUAGCUUGAAGAUCAUGCAAGCGUUUGCUAGAUUCGCCGCCACCGGAAAACCUGUCACAGAUGACGUGAACUGGCCAUUGUACACGAAGGAGCAACCGCAGUACUUUAUCUUCAAUGCGGAAAAGAAUGGAAUCGGUAGAGGACCCAGAGCUGAAACGUGCGCAUUUUGGAACCAAUUUUUGCCAAAGAUUAGGGAGCACGCAGGUGCUGACGAUCCUCCUUGCGUAAACACCUACUUAAGUAAAAUGUCCUCAUCCAGUCCAGUGGAGCCUACCAGGGUACACCUACAGCUACUAGUCACCUUCGCACUGUUCGUCACAUUAGCUGUUAUUUAAGAGGCUCAACUUGCGUCACUCCGUAGGCCAACACAAUAAAUUUAAAAUGAAAAAACACCGUAGGAAACAACCUCUGUAGAGUAAAAACAAAAAAUCGAUAACCGUAGGUUUGUAGGAAUUUUGUAGCAAAAAAAAACUGAAUGUGGUGAGGCAAGGAUUGGAACAAUGGUGAUUUCUGAUAAAAAGAUAUACGAAAGGUAUUUUGGAUAACGUUUUUUGGAAUUUUUGAAAUUAAUAUUUUUGCAUAGAGGCGCACUGUGUGCAGAUUUUCUAGACAAUUCCAUUUAAAAAUAUGUAUGGUGGGAUUAAUUGAAUGUACUCUGGAUUAGUUCUGUACUGGCUGUGUUUUAAAACAAAAUAUGCCAAACAAAUUUAGAAUUUUAUUAAGAGUGGGUUUAUCCGUGUUUGAUGUCGUACAAAUAAUUUUUAUAUAUUUGGUCGAAAAUUUUACUAAUAAUUGUAUUAUUUAAGCCGGGUGUCUUAUUAAUAUCCAAAAAAUUGAUUAUUCUUACAUUCAAAUUUAUAGAAACAUAAUGAAUGCUAUGUUUGUUUAUUUUGCCAAAAAGCACUAGGAAUAAGUAACUAAUGGUAUAAUAAAAAAAUAGUGCUGAAUUACAUGGCGGAAUGGACGUAAAUGAAUAUUUGUUGCAAAUACCAGAAUUUAAGUAAAUAUUGACAAUAAGAAAGAAAAGUCCUACUACCAAGCUCCUGUCAGAUCACUUUAAACAUUUUAGUGUCUUAUUAAUAUCCAUAAAUUGAUUAUUCCUAUAUCCAAAUUUAUAGAAAUCUAAUAAAUGCUGUCUGUUUUUAUUUGCCAGAAAUCUUGUGGAAUAGGUACUAACGGAAUAUUAAGAAAUAGGGUUGAAUUGCAUGGUGGAAUGGCACAUGGAUGAAUAUCGUCUUUGCUAAUACCAGAAUUGCAGUAAAUAUUUUUGACAACGAGAAAAAUCUUACUACCACGGCCUUGUCAUUUGAUUUUACAUUCAUACGGAUGCGCACUUACUAACGCAGUAGCUUUAAUGCGACAGGACCGUACUUUAAUCCGUAAGAAUAACCAAUUGAUUAUAAAUUUACGACGCCCGGUGUAAUUUAUUUGCUUGUACGUGUAAAUGAAUAUUAAAUGUUAAAUAUACCAUGUGUACUAAAAGUAGGCAAUAUAUUUUGCUGCUGUUAUUAAAUGUGCGUGAAACUAUUAUAAUUAUAUUUGUACUGCAUAAUGUUUAAACGUGUGUAAGCUUAUAGUUUCUGAUCAAACUAUAAACAUUUAGGUUAAUCUUGUGUUCGCUUAAGGUUUGGUGUUUCACUAUCGCUUAAAGAUUUUAAAUCAGUUGCCAAUCCUCGCCUCACUAGUCAAACUUUUUAGAAGCGCUUUAUAUUUUUCUAGUGGUCUUCACUUGUUUUUUGACUAUGCGUCAUUAGGUCGUAUCAUAGAUGACUGUAAAAAAAUAAGCAGAAUGGCAUUUCUUGAUGUUAGUAGAUGCAGCACUGUAAUUUUUCCUAUGAGUUAUGUUUUUUCCUCUUUUUUGCAUUUCAACCGAUAAUGGUCACAAUUCUCAAAGCUUAUGCUAAAAAAGUUUUAAUUUUUUUCAAAAAUUCAUUUUUUUGCGAAAAAAAAACCAUGAUCUCUUUAACUUCUUAAUAAAAAGAGUUAUAGAUUCCUCUAUAAAUUAUGGCAAGUUAAUAUUUAUUCUAGGAUUAUUGAUCAUAUAAUAAAGAAUUAAAUAAGAUCCCUCACAUAUGGCCAAUACCUUUUGAUCUAUAUUCUCUAAAAAGCCACUAAAGUCAUCCCUUUAUGAGUUUUCAACUACGUGGAAAAACUAUUUAGGAAUGUUAGAAAAGGUACUAAUUGUCUAAAAAAGGCCUCUGCUUUACUCCAAAAAAAAACACUUCUGGUUUAAUAAAUAAGAAGUUUUCUGUAUGGAUUCACUAAAAGUUAAAGGACUUUCUAUGGAUGCUUAGAGAAACAUAUAUUUACUCCAAGAAGUUUUUAGCGGCACUAUACUUUAGAGUCAAAAGGUUAAAAAUGAAAUAUACACGUAAUUUCUAUUAUUGAUAGCGUAAUUGUUGAUUUAACCAGUUUGCUAAAGAUACGAUUCUCUCGUAAGAUGGUUCUGAACCAAUUUUUUCUUUGCUUUUACUAACAAAUAAAAUAAUUUGCAUACAACGAUAACUAUUUGAGCCAAUCAGGUUUUUAGUCUCCCAAAAUCAUGUGAGUGGAUAGUGUAGAAAAGAUUCAUUCCAGUGUCACAUAAAUUGCAAAAACUGCAACAAGGAUUGAUAUUGCAGCAAUAAAUUUCCUGCAAUAUUACUACUUUUAUCUUUUUAUAUCUGUAGAGCAAUUAUUAUUGAUAUUAUCAGUUGAAGUGCAAAAAUCACUUUUUUAAAUCAUGUCGUAUCAAAAAAAAAUAAGUGCGAUAAAAACGUUAAUAAAUCAUGUAAUGAAAAUGGCAACAAAGUAAAAAAAUUGAGAUCGACCGAUCCUAAACCUAUUUAUACAAAUAAGAGAGCUUACAUUAUGAAGUUCAAAGACCAUUUGUCAAUAACAGGAGUUUAUAAAGCCCGACUGCUGUCUGUUAUUUUAUCUGCAGCCUUUUAUGCUAAAGCCUUUGUAUUUGUAGAGUCAUACACGUGGAUCUCUAAAUAUUUUUCAUCAAACCAAAUGAAUAAUUAGAAUUGAGUUUUAUAGGCUGUUUCAUUUUCAAGGGCUUCUAAAUUAAAUUUGAUGUAUUAUGACAAGUGUUUCAUACCAGAAAACCGCUAGGCUUUUACCGAAAGGCAUUUUUUAUUGAACUUUUUCUAAAUCUUUUUUAUACUGUUUACUCCUUAAAAAUUCCAAUAAUACAAUUCUGGUUUAUUAAUUAUUCUUAUAAAAUAACUAAUAGGAAAGUUACAUAUAGUUUUGUUCUAAGAUCCUUGAUCACUUGACACAUCUACAAUGUCUCGUAGUACUGAUAUCUCGAUUAAUAUUGAGUUUUUAAAGUCUUACAUGAAUUGGGUCUCCAAGGUCCAAGUGACGUCCACCAAACUUCAACUGCUUAUACCUCCCAACGAUUUGUUCUUUAAAAAUUCCGCUAGUAGAUUUGAGUAGGUGAUCACACGAUCUAAAACUCUUGUUUAUUAAUAAUUUUCAAAAAACAUAUAAAAAAAAUUAGACGAUAUUUUCGUCUAAUCACACAUCCACAACUUUUAGUACUGAUAUGACGACUAAUAUUUAGUUUAGUGAUUGAAAACUUUUGGCAAAAAUUGUAGCACACGAUAGUGCCCGCAACUUUUAAAUAAAGUUUAAUUUACCAUAAAAACUUUGGUACAUAAAGAAAUCUGAGCUGUAGACUUCCAAGCCGAUAAUUCAAUGUUCAAGUGACAUCAACCAAACUUCAACUGCUGAUAACUCCCGAACAUUUAAACUUAUAAUGAUAGAUUUAAAUAGACGAUUACAUGACCUACAACUCUUGUUUAUUGAUCAUUCUCAUAAAAUAAAUAAUACUAAAGCUACAUGAUGUUUUCUUCUAAGAUCCAGCCGCUGGACACAUCUACAACUUCUAGUACUGUUACCUUGAUUAAUAUUGAGUAUAGAGUUUUUUAAACUCUCUACAUGACUUGUAGAAUAAAUCAUGUACUUUUACAUAAAGUUUAAUUUAUCAUGAUAGCUUAAGUACACCAACAGAUAUCAGCUGUUGAUUCUCAGACUGACGCUUCAAGUUCCAAGUGAGAUCUUCCAAGAUGUUUAGUGAUUAUCGCUUAUACAAAUUAUUAAUGAAUCUCAGGAAAGCAAGAAAAUCCUUGUUGUGAUGAAAUUGUAAUGAAAUUGAAAUGUUUACACUAAAAUGCCCAGUACCAACCAGGUUCUUAUUUUCCAUUGACUCUAUAAGAAAUAACUUAUAUACAAGAAAACAAUUCCAAUAGCUCAGAAGAAAUUAAAAAUUGCCUUAAAUACCAGAAAAAAACAGCUUCAAAUGCCUGGAAUGAUCUAUUUGCAAAAUGGAUAUUUUUCAUUCUGGUCAUAUAAAUAUUCUUUACCUCCGGUGCUUUGUUUAAUUUUUUGUCAGAGCUUCUUUAAAUUAUUCACGGUGUUAUAUGACUUGUAUAAAGCUUUUGACUAUGUGAAUCAUAGAAUAUACUGCUGCAGAAGCUUGCUUUAUAAUGUUAGACAGGAACAGUUUUCGACUUAUUUGUCUUGUCGAGACUGUGUACGUGGUACGUUUUGUCAUCACGAGGAUUUGCUUUUGGUCUACAUAAUAUAUGACCUAACUAAGUUUGAAAUAUGUGACACUCUUUGCUGACACAUCAGUUGUAAUGUGCAAUAAAGAUAUUCGGGAGCAGUCAUAUUUCAUUUCAAAAGCCGCAGUGAUAAGACUCAAACCAAAAAAUGUAUUUUGAAGAGUAAGUUUCCAUAAGGAUUUUCAAUGAUUUUUUAUUCCAGAAAGGUUUCUUUGGCUUAUAUUAUAUUUUUUAAAACAAUUGUUAAAGUAGCUGCGGAUAUUGAAAAUUUAGGCUUGGAAUUGUUCGAGGAAUAUACGUGCCGAUUAUGCUUUAGACUCCGACGCCUACGAUCCAAGAUCCAAGUGACGUCACCCAAUAUGUUUAGUGAUUAUCACUUAUACAAAUUAUUAAAGAUUUUUGGAUUUAAGACAAGGAAAAAAAUCUAGUUUUAAUAUUCAUACUAAAAUCUCCAGCACCAACCAGGUUCUUAUUUUCCAUUGACCUUAUAAGAAAUAACUUGAAGGGUUCAGGUUAAAAAGGGGGAAUGUCAAAAAUCGUUGAUUUUCAGGAAAUCAAUUUUUAAUUUUAAAACCCAAUAACUUAUUAUUUUAUUACUUUGUAUUAAAUGUAUUAAUGGAUUUAGUUUGUUAUGUCUAUUUGGGAUUGGAAUUGAGAAAAUAUUAAUGAAA